AUGGCGACCAACAGGUUCCUGUGCGAGAUAUGCAACAAGGGGUUCCAGCGGGACCAGAACCUGCAGCUCCACCGGCGAGGGCACAACUUGCCCUGGAAGCUGAAGCAGCGGUCGAAGACGGAGGUGGUGAGGAAGAAGGUGUACAUCUGCCCCGAGAAGACGUGCGUCCACCACGAGCCCGCCCGGGCGCUGGGCGACCUCACGGGGAUCAAGAAGCACUUCAGCAGGAAGCACGGCGAGAAGAAGUACAAGUGCGAGAAGUGCUCCAAGAAGUACGCCGUCAUGUCCGACUGGAAAGCACACAGCAAGAUCUGCGGCACCCGCGAGUACCGCUGCGACUGCGGCACCCUCUUCUCCAGGAAGGACAGCUUCAUCACGCACAGAGCGUUCUGCGACGCCCUGGCAGAGGAAAGCGCGAGAUUCACGUCCGUAUCCGCCAACUUUCGCAACGACCUGAUGAACCCGAUACUCAGCCACCAUCAGUCCGGCGCCGGCCUGUCCCAGUUCCCGAGCAUGUUCAGGGCGCAGGAGCUUUCCACCGGCGGGGGAUCGGAUCUAUCCGGUGGCGGCGGCGGAGGGAGCAGCAGCAAUCUAGAAGGAGGAGGAGGAGGAGGAGGAGUGCAUCAUCAAAAGUCUGCCGCGAGGAAUGGCAUGCCGAUGUGGAUGGAUCAGAUGGCGAGCGGCGGAGGAGGAGGCAGCAGCAGUGGUGGUGGCAACCCGAACGCGUUCGGGUUGCCACCCGAACUGGUCCAACCGAGCAUGUUCGGUUCGAUGAUGAGCCCUCCUCCUCCACCUCCACAGUGGAGCACCGGACAGCUGUCCGGGAUGGGGCUGCCACGUGGGAUGAUGAUGAUGAAGGAGGAAGACGAAAACCACCAAAACCACAACAACAACAACAAGAGUAGUAGUAGUAGAGAUCUCCUUUCCUCGUCAGAAACGGGUGCGGGACUCUACUCCAACAGCCACCACCUUCAAUCCGCGGGACACAUGUCGGCCACCGCGCUCCUCCAGAAAGCCGCCCAGAUGGGGUCCACGAGGAGCAACCCGACCGCCGGGUUCGGCGGCGUCGGGCUGAUGACGUCGACGCCCUCGCUGUCCAGCAUGAUGCCAGCUGGGGGACGUAACGGGCAUCUGAACGAGCUGGUGAGCUCGAUGGCGUCGGCGGCGGCGGGUGACACGGAGAGGAUGCUGAUGAGCGAGAUGGCGAUGCAAGGUGGCGGCGGCGGCGGAGGAGGAGGAGGAAGAGGAGGGGAGGCGGGGGAGGGUGGGUUUACGAGGGACUUUUUGGGAGUGGGAGGUCAUCAUCAACAUCAUGAAGGUGGCGGCGGGAAUAGUAGGCCGAUGAUGCUGCAGCAGGAGCUGGCGAGGUACGCGUCUUUGGGGUCGAUGUCGAACUCGGCGGCGGCGGCGGCGGCGAUGGAGCUGAUUCACCCGAGUUACCGGUCGUCGUCGUCGUCGGCUGGACAUCACUGA